CCUGGCGGGAGCAGCUGCGGCGGGAGCGGCUGUCAGGGUGCGGGCAGAGUUUGUGUGUGCUUGUGGGGCAGGCAGCCAUGCGGCGCUGGAGGCUCCUUCUCUUCCCCGUGCUCCUCGCCGUGCUGGUCCCCGUCAGAGGCAAUUUUGAUGACUUCAGCUUAGAAGAUGCAUUUGAACGGACAACGACAACAAAGAAACCCCUUCCAUCUCAGAAGACACCCCCACUGGACUUAGAUGAUUUUAACUUGGGUGAUGCUCUUCAUCCUGAUGGUCCCAAGCCAAAUCCUCCUGCAAAACCUAGAGUCACUGAUAACCCCAAGAAAGAUCAACCUAAAGACACUGGCACAUUUGAUGAUGCAGAUCUAUUUGAUGGCAGUUUACCAAAAGGAGGAGGUGAUGGUAGUGACAGCAAUGAACGAAGGGGCCAGACUCCAAGUAAUGGCCAAGACGAUGAGGCUUCUAAGGGAGCAAUAGCUGGAAUUGUAAGUGCUGUGGCUGCUACUGUAAUUGGAGCAGUGUCUAGUUUCAUUGCUUACCAGAAGAAGAAACUCUGUUUCAAACAAAGCGCAGAUGAAGAGAAUGUGAAUAUGGAUAGCCAUAGGGGAGCACAAUCUGAGCCGCCUGUUCAGCGCACACUUCUGGAGAACUGAAUUAAAGAAAACGUGAUGAAGAACAGAUCUUGAAACUGGAUAGAGAGCCUGCAUUCUGCCUGGAAAAAAAAAAAAAAAAGGACGCAAAAAAAGCAUAAAG